GCUCAUUAUAUAAUAUGAUGAGCUCAAUCAUAAAGUACCUAGCACACAAAAUGUGUCACUAGGCUCACAAGAGCUCACUCAAAGUGUCUCUAGACUCAUGGAAGCUCACCAGAUUUGGAUAGAUUUACAGGACAUUGCUUAUAAAGCCUAGGCUUAUAGAAGCUCACUGAAUGUGUCUUAAGGUUAACUGGAGCUCAUUCAAAGUGUCUUUUAGACUCAGAGCAGCUCACUCAAACUGUGUCUAGACUUACAGGAGCCUACUUACAAAAUUUGUGUCACUACUCUGUGAGGAAUAUGCCAUCUUAACAUUUAAUUGUGAUCUGCAGAGACAUCAAUUUUUCUUAACAGAUUGGUAACCUGGGUGUCCAAACAAACCAACAUGGACGACAAUGGGUUAACUGACCUAGAUUACAACACAACGGUGAUCUUUGACCUCAACAGGUCAGAAAACAUUGGGGGUCAAUAUGACUGCGACACUGAAUCAUCCAUUACAUUUCAAUUCUACACCUGGGGUGUCCUAGCGAAUAUAAUAACGGUGUAUGGCAUUGUGGGAAAUGUCUUGUCCAUACUGGUCUUGCGACAUCGGAUGAUGGACAGCUCAACAUCAAUCUACCUGAUAUCAUUGGCCGUCUAUGACACUGGAGUGUUGCUGUCCAUGUGCUUGUUUCUCGCCCUUCCCACGCUAUACCUAGAGAAGGGAUUUCUCAAAGAUUAUUACUACGCCUACAAGUACAUGCAUCCGUUCUGCUACCCUAUCGCACUUGUCGCCCAGACUGGCACUAUCUACACCACCCUGGCGUUCACAGUUGAGCGCUACAUCGCCGUUUGUCACCCUCUUCAGGCUGCCAAUACCUGCACCAGGUCGCGAACAAAGCGCGUCAUAGUGUUGAUAUUUCUGUGUUGUGUGAUAUACAACAUACCAAGGUUCCUUGAGUCGGAGACCACCGAAGUCUGGAACGAUUACUACAAUCGUACGGAGCCUCACAUCCAACAAACGGAGCUGGGGACAAGUAAAGCCUACCGGGAGGUAUACUUUAUCUACUUACAACUUUUCAUCAUGUUCUUGCUUCCAUUCUCCUUCCUAGCUGUUCUUAACCUCCAGCUUAUCCGUGCAGUCAAAGUGGCACAAUUGAAUCGACGCCAGAUGAGCGUGGGAAACUCAAAAACACCCAAAGUUUCCCCCAAGGAGCCAAACCUUACUAUAAUGUUGAUUGCUGUUGUCAUGGUGUUCCUUGUGUGUCAGUUGCCAUCGGUAAUUGACAACAUCCUGUGGACUAUUUUUGACGUGACCGUAUUAAACUGUUCGCUUCACUACAUCCGAUUCACGACUUUGAGCAAUCUGAUGGUCGUGAUCAACUCUGCCAUCAACUUUGUUAUAUACUGUCUGUUCGGUAAACGUUUCCGUCGCGUUUUCGUUAAAAUGUUUAUUCCAUGCAAGAAAAAUAAGAAUCAGUACCGAUAUGUCAUGUAUGAAAGUACAAUGAAUAGUCGGGGAGGCGGUGUGCAAAAACCCAACGGCAACGGCAAAAUCUACGACACAGAAAGCACCUUCCUCUGAAAACACUGUGGUGAAACUGUUUCACUGAAUAUCUUUAAACUCGUAUAAUUAUAUCCAUGUGUAGGUAAAAGGACAAAUUGGUUAUCAGUGUUAAAUAUGUAUCCACAUCACCACAGGUUAUAGGACAAAUUGCUUAUCAGUGUUCAGUAUGUAUCUACACCACAAAGGACAAAUUACUUAUCAGUGUCCAGUAUGUAUCUACACCACAAAGGACAAAUUACUUAUCAGUGUUCAGUAUGUAUCUACACCACAAAGGACAAAUUACUUAUCAGUGUCCAGUAUGUAUCUACUAUCUACACCACAAAGGACAAAUUACUUAUCAGUGUCCAGUAUGUAUCUACACCACAAAGGACAAAUUACUUAUCAGUGUCCAGUAUGUAUCUACACCACAAAGGACAAAUUACUUAUCAGUGUCCAGUAUGUAUCUACACCACAAAGGACAAAUUACUUAUCAGUGUCCAGUAUGUAUCUACUAUCUACACCACAAAGGACAAAUUACUUAUCAGUGUCCAGUAUGUAUCUACACCACAAAGGACAAAUUACUUAUCAGUGUCCAGUAUGUAUCUACACCACAAAGGACAAAUUACUUAUCAGUGUCCAGUAUGUAUCUACACCACAAAGGACAAAUUACUUAUCAGUGUCCAGUAUGU